UGUUUUUAGGUAGUCUGUUAAAAUGCCGGAACUAAUUAUUCGUCUUUUUCCAAGAUGGCGUCGAUGAGGGACAGCGACACCGGCCUGUGGCUUCACAACAAACUGGGCUCGACAGACGAGUUGUGGACGCCUUCGAGCAUCGGCUCUCUUCUUACUGUGUCAGUUAUCGACAACAUCCGACUGUGUUUCUCCAAUUUAUCUCCUCCAGUGAAACUGAAGCUGCUGCUCGGCAUGCUGCAUCUCCCGCGCAGGACUGUGGACGAGAUGAAGGACGCUCUGUCAGAAAUCAUCCAGUUAGCCACAGUGGAUUCGGAGCCCUGGGUGCUGAUGGUGGCCGACAUCCUGAAGUCAUUCCCUGAGACUGGUUCCCUCAAUCUGGACCUGGAGGAGCAGAACCCUAACGUGCAGGACAUCCUGGGAGAGCUGAGAGAAAAAGUGAGUGAGUGUGAGGCAUCAGCCAUGUUGCCUCUUGAGUGUCAGUAUCUGAAUAAGAGUGCUUUGACAACGCUGGUGGGUCCACUGACACCUCCCAUCAAACACUUCCAGCUCAAGAGAAAACCCAAAAGUGCCACAUUGCGAGCCGAGCUCCUUCAGAAGUCAACAGAAACUGCACAGCAGCUGAAGAAAACAGCAGGAGUGCCUUUCCAUGCUAAAGGACGAGGGCUUGUCAAGAAGAUUGACACUACAACACCACUGAAGGGGAUCCCCAAAGCCCCGUUCCGCAGCCCCACUGCCCCCAGCAUUUUCCCCUCUAGUAACAGGACGCCCAUCACCCCAGCACGCACACCGCUGCGCAAAGAGAGAGGGGUCAAGUUAUUAGACAUCUCCGAGUUGGACAUGGUCGGGGCAGGAAGAGAAGCUAAGAGGAGAAGAAAGACACUGGACACAGAAGCAGGAGAAAAGGUGGCCAAAGAGGAGACAGCGGUGGAGAAUGCAACGCCCGACUAUGCUGCCGGCCUGGUAUCUGCACAGAAAUUGGGACCGCUGAACAACGAGAGCACGCUACCGUCGACCAGCUACCUCCCAGCCACGCCCAGCAUGGUGCCUUCUUCCUCUUACAUUCCCAGCUCAGAGACGCAGCAGGCCAACACGGGUGCUACAAACCGGCAGCCAGAGGAAUCGACGGCGAGCGGCGCCGCAGCCUCUACAAUCACGGGUCAGUUUAAACAGAGAGCCGCCAUGUACAACGCCAGCACUGCCAGUCCCACGGUCCCCACCUCACCCACCACGCCCACCAGCACACCCCACAACAACGCCCCUCCUCCCGCCGCCACUGCAACACAACCGGACACGGCUACGCCCCCAUCCACCACCGCAGCUCAAGCCACACCAACGCCGGCCCCCCAGCAACCACAGCCCAAAAAGAAUCUGUCACUCACGAGAGAACAGAUGUACGCAGCGCAGGAAAUGUUUAAAACUGCAAACAAAGUCACCCGACCUGAGAAAGCUCUUAUCCUGGGUUUCAUGGCAGGAUCAAGAGAGAACCCGUGUCCGGAGCAGGGUGACAUCAUCCAGAUCAAGCUGAGUGAGCACUCGGAGCAGCUUGCUAAAGCGGACGGUACAGGCACCACCACCAUGUUGGUGGACACGGUGUUUGAGAUGAACUACUCCACAGGCCAGUGGACCCGCCUCAAGAAAUACAAACCCAUCACCAAUGCAUCCUGAAGAACUGGAAAACACACACAUUUACAUGCACACAAAUCUCUCACAUUGUCUUUUGAAGAAGGCAACACAUGUAGACAAAUCAUAUCUUUGUUCUGAGAAACACACACACGCGCGCACACACACACACACACACACAGUAUCUGGGCCAAAUUGACAGACUUAGCAGUUGUCUUUAUAGUAAAGUGGUGUCUAAAACAGAGCAAGGUGGACUUCUUGUUUUGCUGCGCUCACUUCAUGGUGGUGUUCCUGUAUUGUCAAAAGUCAGGGACCUACUUUCUAUGUUUUUGUUUUUGUUUUGUGGUUUGUAAUACGUCCUUUAAUUAUCAUUGCCCGGAUGUUGAAGAUGGGUUGGAAUAGAGGUGGUGAAGUUCCUCUGGGACACUUUUAGCUUCUUUGAUUGACACCUGUAUGUUUGACCUUACAUGCCAUUACAUGUACCAAAAGGCCAAAAAACGUCUACAUCUGUUUCAAUGUGAACAUGUAAGAAGAUAAUUACAUUUGUGAAAAAAAAGAGAUAAAACGUAGGUUGUUUGCUGGUUAGAUUUUUUUUUUUGUUGGAAAAUUAUGGAGGAUGUUUGUUUUU